AUGAAUCUGCCUCACACCCUAUUUUCUCACCACCUCCACCCCACACAUGCCAUCUUGUGCUGCUCCCCAGACUCUGAGAAACCUCAACUGUCCCCGGAGUCCUUGGAGCAGCGGCCACAAGUCCCAACCAAGAAGUUGCGCAAGCCGCGGACUAUCUAUUCCAGUCUGCAGCUGCAGCACCUGAACCAGCGUUUCCAGCACACGCAGUACCUGGCGCUGCCCGAGAGGGCCCAGCUGGCCGCGGAGCUCGGCCUCACUCAGACCCAGGUUAAGAUCUGGUUUCAGAACAAGCGCUCCAAAUACAAGAAACUCCUGAAGCAGAACUCUGGGGGGCAGGAAGGGGACUUCUCCAGGGGGCCCUCCUCCUUGUCUCCUUGCUCCCCACCCCUUCCAUCCCUGUGGGAUCUACCCAAGGCAGGGGCCCUGCCCACUGGUGGCUAUGGCAACAGCUUUGGAGCCUGGUAUCAGCAUCACUCCCCAGAUGUCCUGGCUACGCCUCAGAUGAUGUGAGUCUGGAAAGGGCGGGUCAGCCCCCAGCCCUCCUACAAAGCCCAGGACCCAGGCCACCUGCACCCCUUCUGGGUUAGGAGGAAACCAGCUCCAGAUGGGUUUUCUGAGGACAAGGAUCUAAAGGAGAAAAAAGCCUGGGGUGAGGAGUCCUGUCCCUCUUCCCCUCUAACCCAAACAGCUAACUCA